ACCGGAAACGGCGUCUGCGGUGAAAGCAGAAAUUGGUUGGGCGCUGCUGCGGCUAGUGUCCCGUUGUACAGUUCCAGUCCCGAUAUCUCCACCUGCACACAUGCCAUCUGACCGUCCCGAUCAGUCGGAGUCAGCGAGGGGACGCUCGGGCGAGACCGGCCUGCUUUGUGCGCCGUCUGACGGAGCUGUGUGCCGCACCGGCCUGGAGUAGAGUGGGAGCAGGCGGCGCGGACCUGCCCCUUGCUAAACCGACCCGCAAUGCUGGCGAAAAUAUGAUGAGCAUGGACGACAACCCGGAUUUUCCCUAGACUCUAACCACGGACAGCGUAUCCGCCGGCGGUGUGACUGGUUCGGCAUGCCCGAGCGUGGGGCCACUGCGAGGCCAUCGCCCUAGCGCGGCACCUCCAUCUGGAAUAUUCUCGGCUGGAGAAUCGGGCCAGUUAGCACCGCUCUAGCCUCCUGACUCAUUGCCGUUGUCACGUCUGAAUCUCCGACAACUGGGACGCUUUCAAUGACUGCACUACUGCGAAUACAUUUUCGGACUAUUUAAAUCCUAAAACGCAUUUUAUGGGAUUCACGUCGGAGAAAGAGAAGCCAAAAUGGUGAACUGGAGGCCACUGCUUCGGGUGUCAAACCGAUCAUUCCUGGCCUUCAUAUUCUUCUUCUCCAUGUCCACCACUUGUCUCUACUUCAUCUACGUGGCCCCCGGCAUAGCCAACACAUACUUCUUCAUGGUGCAGGCUCGGGGUAUCAUGUUGAGGGACAACGUGAGGACCAUUGGCCAGAUGAUACGAUUAUACACCAAUAAGAACAGUACCCUUAAUGGGACAGACUAUCCGGAUGGCAGCAACUCCAGUGAAUACCUGGUCCAGCCAACAACUUACCUCCCAGAGAACUUCACCUACUCUCAGAACCUUCCCUGCCCGGAGCGAUUACCUUCUAUGAAGGGCCUUUUGGAAGUGAACAUGACAGAGAUACCUAUGGAGGAGAUAGAACUGAAAUUCUCCAAAUUCUUUGCCAUCGAGUUUGGAGGCCAUUGGAAACCCAAGGAUUGCAGACCUCGGUGGAAGGUUGCCAUCCUGAUUCCAUUUAGGAACCGUCAUGAACAUCUACCUAUCCUCUUCCAACACCUCAUCCCAAUACUGCAGAGUCAGCGGCUGCAGUUUGCCUUCUAUGUUAUCGAGCAGAGUGGCUCUCAGCCCUUCAACAGAGCCAUGCUGUUCAAUGUGGGAUUCCUGGAGGCUGUGAAGGACCUGGACUGGGACUGCCUGAUUUUCCAUGAUGUUGAUCACAUACCUGAAAACGAUCGCAACUAUUAUGGCUGUGGUCAGAUGCCACGCCAUUUUGCUGCCAAGCUUGACAAAUACAUGUACAUUCUUCCCUACAGUGAGUUCUUUGGUGGAGUCAGUGGACUGACUGUUGAACAAUUCCGUAAGAUCAAUGGCUUUCCCAAUGCAUUCUGGGGCUGGGGUGGAGAAGAUGACGACUUGUGGAACAGGGUUCAUUAUGCUGGCUUCAAUGUCACGCGGCCAGAGGGAGAGAUCGGAAAGUACAAGUCCAUUCCUCACCACCAUAGAGGGGAGGUGCAGUUCCUUGGCAGGUAUAAACUUCUGAGGUAUUCCAAAGAGCGACAACACCUGGACGGCCUCAAUAACCUCCACUACAGCCCGCUCAUCUCCCUCAGCAGCCUCUACAAGAACAUCACGGUGGACCUUAACCCUGAGCUUGCCCCUAUUGCAGACUACUGAACUGUCCCAGACAUCAUCCCACAGCACUCCUCUGGCAUGGAGGACCCCCUUCCCUCCACCCAUGCAGAGGAGUGGAGGAGGUCUGGGGAUGAUGGCCAGCCAGUGUGCACCAUUUAAUGCUGCCUAGAAUUCUGGCCGGAGGGGAAAACAAAGGAAAGGCAGUGGCAAGUCCGAAAAAAGUGAGCUGUCAACGUGAGAGUGUGUUUGUGUGAGUGCGCGCGCGAUGGGCGAGUAGCUGCAUGUUUUUCUCUUUGUGCCGGCUUUACUACUUCCCAUCACAGUUUAGGUUGGAAGGAGCAGCAGCUCAGCUCUGUAAACUGCAAAGCCUUAAUGUGGCAUAACCACAUCGCCAGGCCGCCCCGGCCCCGCAAUGCUUCACUUCUGAUGUAUCACCGUCACCUUAGAAGCCAAUGGAAUUUGUUUCAUUUUGUACGUUUUUUUUUUUUUUUUUAAGCAUAUCGUUUCCUCGGAUUCCUUUCAUCAAAGGAGUCUCUGAGGUCAAUAUAUAUACACGUAUGAGUAUUUUUACUUUGUUCUCAAACCUUUUGUUAAAUGGUAUUUAUUUGCUCAGACUCAAGCUGUGUGUUGAAGCACUCGUGUCUGCGUUCGCUGUAAGUGUUUUUUUGCUGCACUGCUGCUCAAUCCGCAUGAACAUGUAUGUAAAUAUCGGCCUCCUAAAAACGCUCGAACACGGAACACAAAUAUGUAAAUAUUGGCCUUUAAAUGCUCGGGCAUAUUACAUCGAUAUUCCAGUGGGUGUGACUUUUAUUUUGGCAGCUACCUUCUUUCUGAGGAUUCAAUAAGAGUGCGUGGUUUCUUCCUAUCAGGAAGAUGUUAUAAUAAUAUAGGAUGUUUGGCUUAAAAAAAAAAAAAGAAUCAAAACAUGAAGAUUUGACAUCUUUUGCAUGCCUUAAUUUAUUUUGUUUUCCAUCUUGUUUUUAGACCUAAAUUAUUGCUUUAGUUCAGAAGUUUAUAUUUUUUGGGGGGGAUUUAACCUAAUGUGCUUUUUUUUUUUUUUUUUUUUUUUUUUUUUUUUUUUUUUUUUGCAAUUGUUACAUUUUCUUUGAGGUGCACUGUGUGAAAAGCUGCUCCUCAGGAGCAGGGUCAAGCAUUCCAGCACAUGUGUGUCCUCAUUAGCAUUUAGUGUCAGGGAUGGCUCUCAUACCAGUGUUUGAGUACUUUGUCUCUGAGGUUUUUCCGUAGAUUAUUUCUGUGCUGGACCAUGUGAUUAAUGCUUGUCACUGUACUGUACCAUGCACUGAAGCAUGGGGAUUUUUUGGCCAGAUCCCCUGUGAGUUUGGCCGUUUAGAUCUUUCCCUUUUUCUAUUCUCGUGCGUCCGUCAGAUGGGCCAGAAUGAGAGAACCAUCAGCUGCUGACCUCUGCGGCUCCUGCUGUUCUUGAAUGGCGGUUUGAAAGUUGAGCUGUGAAAAGUUUUAUUUUUUAAGCUUUGAGCACUAUAAAGAUGGUGAAAAACUAGUUGGCAGAUUAUUUUUUUGACCAGAUUUUCACUGUUAAAAAUCUAUUUUAGUUGUGUUUUCAGUGUUGUUUUCUGGUUGUCUGUCCAAAGAUGUUUAAAUUGUGUGGCAAUUUUCUUCUCGGAGCGUUCUGAUCUGUGAAUCAACACUCGUAUGAAGCUUUUAUUCUUUAUUAACGCAGUCAUUUCAAUUCAUUUCUAGUGUUUACAAGCCCCACUGAAAAGUCAUUGCACACAGGCAUUUUCAUUGUCUGUGAGUUCCUCAAAACAAGCUUUCAUUCCACCACUGACGCUGAAAACAAGCAACUCAUAUCAUGUUAAGAAGUACCCAGCGAGCAAUCGAACUAACGUUUCUUGCUGUUGACAAACCAAAAAUGUUCUCAACAAAGGAUAUAUUAGCUCAAAUGAAAACGCAUAGGAAGCGGUUUUGUGGCGCCUCAUCAGUCUUGUACUGUUUGUGCGCCACUCAACAUCGAAAACUUUGCAGUUACUGCCCAAUGUUGGAGCUUCUCAGGAAUCGCUGGCGAUGUAAGAUGGACAGAUCAGAUGGCUCCGCGUGGAAAGUGGCCAGGUUCGGCUAUGUUGCAAUAUUUUUUAUUUAUCAUGUAGUUCAAAAUGGUACUGCAAGGAUUUUAUCAUAAGGCAAUUGGCUUGAAAUCUCACUUAUAUUCCAAAUUGCCUUGCAGCUGACAGUGUUUGCGCACCUGUCUAUGUUUACAGUUGCUGGCUUGAGUUCAGUUUUCCAAACGUUUACCCCGGCUUCACUCUGACCCCGACUACCACGACGUUCUGCAGUCAGUAGCUGAAGUUCCUCUUGUGCUUUGCUUUGUUACGAUGGUACUUCAGUGUUGGAGCAUAGGAGGAUAUUUCUGUUACGACUGAACUCCUCUUCCUGUAGGUGAUGCUAUUACAGUGUAGCACAUAGUAUUCAUUAGCUUUGGUGAUCAGUCACUAUUUUUUUUAACAAGCAUACACAUUGAAUCUUAUCAAAUAUUCAUAUCUGUAAAACUGACCUUACAAACUGAAUGCAGCUCGCUCAUUGCUCAUUUUUAUGGGGAAAUAAAGAUAUCUCACCCCCUCCCUGAACAAAACAAGUGCACGCCGAUUGAGAGCAUUUUCACACAAAUGAAAGUGAUGUUUUUUCAUCCAGUUUUUGGGAAUGACAUAAUGGUUGGUUUCCCAAACUGGAGUGCAUAGCAUCGUCCCUGAAGGCCACAAGGCUGGUGGCUGCUUUGGAGCAUGACUAUGUAGUAAAGCUGGGUUUCACCUCAUAUCAGCCAGCAACACUUAAUACAAGAUAUCAUCAGUCCAUGCUGAUACAGAAUUGCUCCUGCUGACAUACGCAACUAUUGAUCGACAAAACUUUUUUUUUAUUAUUGGCAAACCCAAUGGCCUGUGGGUGCGUGCGAUUUUUGUUUUAUUGCACAUGUGCUACGUUUUAGAAGCUGCGGCACUAUAUAUAUUGCUGUGAAGAUGAGGUAUGACAGGGUAGAUUUGAUACUUAUCCAUAUCAUAUCUGCGGCCAACCUCUAGUGUCUGGUCGACGUCGGGGCGCUGAGCCGCACCCACCCUGUUCGAGGGGCUAUUUGGUGUGCUUUAAUCCGUUUGUUUUUAUGAACUGUGGGAUGUGUUUGUUCUUGAGAAAUUUGUGAGGGUCAUUAUUUUGGGUGUGACGGUGAUCAGUGAAAGCUCCAGGCCAAAGUCAACCCCCUGUUCACCUGUGUUAGCUCCUCCCCCCCCAUUUUAAUUCACAGCCAUUAGUCGCGCAUUCAUUUGUCGGUGUGGGCAGCAGAAAGAUCAGGGACCAUUCAACCCUCACACAGUAGUAUUCAAAGCUGUCUUAACUCUGAAACAAGUUUGCAGUGCCGAGUUUGAACACUGUGUGUUGACUGUGAUCAGGAUGUCAUUUCUGGUACUUGUGCCAGGAAGUGGCUUUGCAUGUUUAGUUUUGGGAUAAGAUGAGAAGAGCUGAGAUUACCAAAAAAUAAAAAGAUUACCCAUCAUUCACUGUAGAUUUAGUGCGCACCAAUGAGCUUCAAGUAUUUCUCAGUCUUCUGUUUCCUGCAGGAGAGCUCAUGUCGGAAUCAAGUAUCAAUCUCAAAAGGACUGUGACUAAUAUGCAGUAUUGUUUUCCACCCCAUAUACCCCUCCCAAAAAAGUGAGAGAAUCGAUUCCACCCAAAGUACAUCACGGUUCCUGCAAUAGUGUUGUGUCUAAAAAAGGUCAACUCAGUCACAGCAUUGUUGAAACUUCCAAAGUGUCACAUUUCCACCCAGACAAUGGGACACAGCAUGCUCCGCCUUAUGCUUGGAAAUGGCCUCAAUGCUCAUGUCUUAAAUGAAGCUUAUUUUUGCAGCCGCUUGGGCAGUUAGGGAACAUAGACCUUCCUCAUGGGGCCCCGUGGAGUUCUGUCGGUAGUGAACAUUGACAGGUGUUCUGGCAUGCAAGUGACAUGGUGCGUGAGUGUGUUGUGUCUUUGUAUUGUUUACAUUUGUAUCUUUUGUGUUCAGUUGCUAAAUCCACAAUGUGCCACAGUAGCAAGCCUCCAGAAAUCAAAUUCACACGAUCGAGCGUAGUAAAGCCACUGUCGAAGGUUGGAUCCCAAACACCCAAUGAUUGCUAAAGUGCCCUUGAGCAAGACACUUACUCCUUCCAAUUUGUCAUGGUGCCUUAAAAAGGCAGCCUUAAUCACCGCAAUACCUGUUGACGACGUAUAUACAGCUGAAUUUACAAGCAUGUGUUUCCUCUGUUCAGUCCACGAUUUACAAGUGUAUUUUCUUCUGUAUGGAAGGUAUUUACAAAAUGCCACAAAGUACAAGAUUGAGGAAGUCAUUCAUGGUGAUUACUUUAUACUCUGGGUUCAACUGGUGUUUUGCUAAAAAGUGACCUCAUGCUGUUGAUAGAAUAUGAAGUUCAGCUAUUGUUACACGGUACCUACCGAUCACCCGCUGCAAGAGUCGGACGUCUUUUUUUUUGCACGUAAAAAUAUAAUUUCUGAAGUGUAUCUUCAGUUUACAGUGCUUCACUUUGUUUGUUGCCAAAUUCCACAGUGUUUAACGUCAGGUGAAUUCCAAUCACGCAGUGGUUUGUUCACCAUGCCCCUCUGGUUUUCCAUAUGUAAUGAUCUCAUGAUGGAGACAUUGCAGUGAUGUGCACCUGUGUGUGUGUGUGUGCGUGUGUGCGUGUGUGUGUUGAUGCCCCGAUCACAGAGCUCUUCUCUCUAACAAUAGUGGUGCAGAGAAGGAAGCUGCACUGAGCCGGACUCGUGAAGUUGGUAAUGUAGCACCCUGCUCAAGUUGAACCUGCUGAGAAGCUUGUCAAGACCUCCUUCCUCCCCCGACAAAAACCCCCCACCCACCCACCCGCCCACUCAGUCACACCUCGGACAUCGCCUCAGUUUAUUUUUUACAUGUGAAGUCGAGUCUGGCAACUGACGGUAUGAAAACAAUGUGAGUCUGGUGUUUGAACUGUUAAGUUGUAAAGUUUAUUUCUUUGUUAACAAGAGACAAAAUAAACACUUCAUUGCCAUA